UAAGCAUUACCAAACCAGAACCCUUUGCAUAGGCCUUGACUACUUUUUAUCUUCUUUCUCCAUAAUGAACUCACAAGACUUCCUGAAGGGAAAGACUAUUUUAGUGACUGGCGCAGCUGGCUUCUUAGCAAAAGUUUUUGUUGAAAAGAUAUUAAGAAUCCAACCAGAGAUACAAAAACUAUAUCUACUCCUCAGAGCAUCAAACACUGAUUUGGCUGAAAAUCGUUUGCGAAAUGAGGUUUUUGAAAUUGAUUUAUUUCGCGUGCUGCGAGCCAAGUGGGGUGAAAAUUUUAGCUCUUUCAUAUCAAAGAAGGUUGUGGCAAUAGCAGGAGAUGUUGCUAUUGAAAAUUUGGGAAUAAAAGAUGAAAAGCUUAAAAGGGAGAUAUUUGAAGAGAUAGACCUUCUUGUCCAUUUUGCUGCCUCUACCAAAUUUGACGAAAGGUUUGACAUAUUAAUGGCUGUUAAUACUCAAGGUGCUUUGCAUGCCUUGAACGUCGCAAAGAAUUGUAAAAGAAUAAAGGCUUUUGUGCACAUAUCCACCGCUUAUGUUUGCGGAGAUGCUAAGGAUGGAGAUAGUAUAAUUUUACGAGAGAACCCAUUUGAGAUGGGUGAAUCUCUAAAAGGGACCUCAAAAUUAGACAUACAUGAAGAAAUGAAUUUGUUGGAGAGAAAAUUAGCUGAACUCCAAGCAAUGAAUGUGGAUGAAAAUACAAUAACAUGUGCAAUGAAGGAUUAUGGAAUGGAAAGAGCAAAUUUGUAUGGUUGGCCAAAUACAUAUACUUUCACAAAAGCAAUGGGGGAGAUGCUUUUAGUUCAUCAUAAAGAUAAUGUUCCAUUAAUCAUUAUACGUCCCACAAUGAUUACUAGUACAAACAAGGAUCCCUUUCCUGGUUGGAUUGAAGGUUUAAGAACUAUCGACAGUCUGAUAUAUGCCUAUGGUCAUGGGAAAGUGAAAUGCUUCCUUGGUAAUCCCAAGACAGUCAUAGAUGCAAUACCUGCAGAUAUGGUCAUCAAUUGUGUGAUUACAGCCAUUUUUAUUCAUUCAUCAAAUCAACGUCCUAAGAAUUUCAUCUACCAUAUUUCUUCAUCGUUAAGAAAUCCUCUCAAAUCAUCUGAUUUACAUAAUAUUUGCCAUCGUUAUUUCAUGAAAACACCUUGCGUAAAUCAAAAUGGAAAGCCAAUAAUCAUUUCCAAGGGAAUUCCGGUGAAUAGUUUUGCUGUUUUCAACAUUUAUGUGUUAGUCCGAUAUGUCUUGCUACUAAUGAUCUUAAACUUGGUGAACAAAAUAUGUCGCCAUAGCUUCCAAGAUGUUUAUGAGAAGAACAGCAGAAACCUUAGAAUGCUGCAACGAUUGGCAAAACUAUACAAACCAUAUGUAUUUUUUAAGUCCAUCUUUGAUGACACAAACACUGAAAUUUUACGGAUGGCAACAAAGGGUUAUCUUAAGAUGGAGAAUGAAGAAUUUAACUUUGAUCCAACUAGCAUUGAUUGGACAGACUAUAUGAUGAAUACACACAUCCCUGGUCUCAUUAAGUAUCAAACAAGAUAGUCUUCAAAAUAUUUCAAAAAUGGUUGGCUUCAUCUCUUAUUAAUCUAUAGCUUUGUAUGUGUUUGAAUAAAACUAGUGUUGGAUUGAUGUUUGAAUAAAAUAUUGAUAUUUAAUAAAAAUGUGUGAGAAAGCAUGUACCUGAAAGAAUGGAAAAGGUUGUUAUUGUAAUAUGGUUGAUUAUUGACAAUUGUAAUA